AUGUCUCGACCUGGUAAGGAACACUGGCAAGCGGUAAAGAGAAUAUUUCGCUAUCUGAGAGGCACAUCCGAUGUUGGUCUCAUUUAUGGGAGUAAUAACCAGUGUCUCGUAACUGGUUAUUCUGACUCAGAUUAUGCUGCAGAUAUCGAUGGUAGAAGAUCAAUGACUGGUUAUAUUUACACCCUCGGUGACUCUGUGGUUAGUUGGAAGGCAAUAUUACAGUCGACGGUGACGUUGUCCACUACCGAUGCUGAGUAUAUGGCGCUAACUGAAGCAGCCAAGGAAGGUAUAUGGUUGAAAGGAUUAAUCAGUGACCUUGGUAUCCAUCAUGAUCAGAGAAUCAAAGUGAAGAAGAUCAGCACACAUCAUAAUCCUGCUGACAUGUUCACGAAGCCGGUUCCACUUAACAAAUUCACCCAUUAUUUGGACAUGCUAAAUGUUGACAGUUGGAAGUAG